AUGCCCACCGGACACAGUCGAAUUGUGAAGUGCUGCGUUUGCCUUGCCGCUGCAGUUCUGGCGCAACCUGCCCUGAGUUAUGCAGCGGAUGAAGAACCGGAGGGCGCCCCGAAGGUGGCCGUGGUGGAGGCAGUCGAUAGCGACAUCGCCAAGGGGGAGGAUAAGCCAAAGUACCCGCCGUUCUCCGACGUGGUGAAAGAACCGAAAACCACCGAAGGUUUGCUGAAGCUGCACGAGAGCAAGUCGAAGCUGUUCGCCGAGCUGAGUCCUUCGCAGUUUGACCAAGACUAUAUCGUGGUGAUCUCGAUCGCCCGCGGUAUCGCCCAGGGCUCGCUGUUGGGCGGCAUGUCGUGGGGAUUCGGUGACGACUGGAUCUGGCAGUUCCGCCGCGUGGACGACAAGGUGCACGUCGUGCGGCGCAAUGUGCGAUUCACCGCCGACUCGGGCAGCCCUUCUGAGGAGGCUGUGAAGCACGCCUAUACCGACAGCAUUCUGUUCAGCCUGCCGAUUGCGGCGAUGAACGGUUCGAAUGUGGUCGUGGACCUGACGCCGGUGUUCUUCAGCGACCUGCCGCAAAUUGGCAGCGUGAUGCCGGGCUUCCACUUCGCGGCUGACAAGUCGACCUGGUCGCAAGUCAGCGGGUUUUCGAACAACGUGGAAAUCGAAGUGGCUGCCACUUACGCCUCGGGCGGAAUGGCCGACAUCGACACGGUGCCUGAUAGCCGUGGUGCGACGAUCAACGUUCACUACUCCAUUAGCAAGUUGCCCAAGACCAGCUACAAGCCGCGACUGGCCGACGAUCGCGUGGGCUACUUCCUCACGGUGGUGAAAGACUUCUCGAAGGAAGGCGACUUAGAUCGCUUCGUCCGCUACAUCAAUCGAUGGGACCUGGAAAAGGCCGACUCCUCGGCCGAACUGUCGCCGCCGAAGAAGCCGAUCAUCUUCUACCUUGAAAAGACGAUCCCCUACGCCUAUCGCAAGCCGAUUCGCGAGGGCAUCGAAGAAUGGAACAAGGCUUUUGAAAAGGCCGGCUUCCUGAACGCCAUCGAAGUGCGUCAGCAGUCGGAAAGCGAUACCUGGGAACCAGAAGACAUCAAUUACAACACGUUCCGCUGGAUCACCUCGAGUGCCGGGUUCGCCAUGGGCCCCAGCCGGGUGAACCCGCUGACGGGACAGAUUCUGGAUGCCGACAUCAUCUUCGAUGCCGACUUCAUCGAGCAUUGGAAGAUGGAGCAAGAAACCUUCACGCCCGAGUCGAUUGCUGCCAUGACUGGCGGUCCGCUGAACUUGCAGGACUACCGCAAGCAAAUGGACGCCGUUCCGUCUCACUUGCGAUCGUGGGCCAACUGCCGCUGCGAUCGUCAUCAUGCCUUAGCCGAUGAACUCUCGCUCGGUUCGGCCGUGCUUAAUGUGCACGCCGCGUCGGAAGGGGCGAGUGAAGCCGACACCCAGAAGCUGAUCAUGCAAGGUCUGAAAGAAGUGACCAUGCACGAAGUCGGCCAUACCCUGGGGCUGCGGCACAACUUCAAGGCCAGCACCUACUACACACUGGACGAGUUGAACGAUCCGGAGAAGACCAGCAAGACCGGCCUGUUGGCCUCGGUGAUGGACUACGCACCGGCCAAUAUCCGGAAGAAAGGCGAUCCGCAAGGCGACUUCUACUCGACCACGAUUGGUCCAUAUGAUGAAUGGGCCAUCGAGUACGGCUACAAACCGCUCUCCGGCGGCACCAAUGGAGAAGUCGAAGAGCUGAAGAAGAUCGCCACCCGCUGCGGCGAGCCGGGCCUGACCUUCUCGACCGACGAAGACACCCGCGGGAUCGACUCCGACCCGUUGUCGAACCGGUUUGAUCUUGGAAAAGACCCGAUCGAGUACGCGAAGCUGCGGGCCGAAUUGAUCAGUUCGCUGUGGCCCGACCUCGUAGAUCGCCUUGUGGAUGAUGGCGACGGCUAUCAGAAGGCACGUCGGGCGUUCGGCGUGUUGCUGGGCAAUCACGGCCGGGCGAUGUUCUUCGCCUCGCGAUUUGUGGGUGGCGUUUACGUACACCGCGAUCACAAGGGCGACGAGAAUGCCAAGGCUCCGUUCGAAGUAGUCACGGCCGAGAAGCAACGCGAAGCCCUGGCCUUGCUCGAAGAGCAGGUGUUCAGCGACGAGCCGUUCAACUUCCCGCCCGACCUGUACAACCACUUGGCGGCCACGCGGUGGAAUCACUGGGGUCUGCCCGACCAAGAGCGGCUGGACUACCCGGUGCACGAAGUGAUUCUGAUGUGGCAAGAUCGAAUUUUCGAUCAGCUUCUCUCGUCACUCACCCUGACCCGACUGCACGACAGCGAGUUGAAGGUGGACGGCGAAGCGGAGGCCUUCACCACUGCCGAGUUGCUGGAACGGUUGACCAACAUGGUCUUCGCCGAAGUCGAUUCGAUGGAAGCCGGCGAGUACGACAACAAGAACGCGGCCAUCAGCAGCUUGCGACGCAACCUGCAGCGGCGCUACUUGGAGCACCUCGCCAUGCUGGCCCUGGGUAACACCAACGCCCCAGAAGACUGCCAGACGGUGGCCUCGUUGCAGUUGGAACUGCUGGGUGACCGCAUCGACGAAGUGGUCGAGAGCGACAUCGAGCUGGAUACCUACACGCUGGCUCACUUAAUCGACACCUCGCGUCGGAUUGGCCAAGUGCUUGAUGCUCGCAUCGAGCUGGCAGCUUUGCGGAGAAAUGUCAUGGGUAGGCGAUUCUUUCUCUUCGGCCUUGUGAUCGUAGGCUCGGUCUGCGGUGUUAGAGCUGCCGACCUCGAUAUCUCAGACAUCGAGCCCGAUCCCGCGAAGGGGUUCGAGAUUUUGAUGACCGUUCCCAUGUCCGACCCGUUGAUGAAGGUCGAAGAUUUGGACCGCAUCUGGAUGGUUUGGGAACCAGAACUGCGCAAGCAAGCUGAGUCGGCGACCCCUGAAGAGCGGAGGGAAAUGCUGUUCACCCGAUACGGCUGGGUGGAACGCGAUUUCGACGAUUCGGGGCUUCCCAUCGGCUACAUCGACGAUGGCGAAGGCAACUUGGUGAACAAUUGCCUCUCGUGCCAUGGCGGCAAAGUGGCCGGCAUGAACUACCCCGGCCUCGGCAACUCGCACUUCGAUCUGACCACGCUGGUGACCGACAUCGUCCGGCUGCAGGCGAUGGACCGUGGUGAGGAGUUUGAAGAGAUCGAAAGUAUCAAAGCCACGUUCGGCACGCCCUACAACAUGGCCAAAGGCGUUUCGAAUGCCACCAUGUUCGCCUUCAUUCUGGGGGCGCUACGUGAUCAACAUCUCGAUCUGCGCGACAAACCGACCGACCCCAGUUCGAUUCUGGUUCACAAUGAUCUAAUCGCCCCGCCUUGGUGGCACUACAAACACAAAGACAAGCUCUACUGUGAUUCGUUCGGCGGGAAGUCUCACCGAGCGAUCAUGCCAUUCACCAUGUCGCCGGGAAACACGGGCGAAGACAUUCGCGGUUGGGAAGAUGAAUUCGUCCAUAUCAAGGCCUACAUCGAAUCGGUCGAACCGCCGAAGUAUCCUUUCGAUAUCGAUACUGAACUGGCCGAGAAGGGACGCCUGGCGUUCAACGAUACCUGCGCCCGUUGCCAUGGCUCGUAUGGUGAAGAACGCGACUAUCCGAACGUGGUGGUGCCCAUCAAGGAGAUCGGUACUGAUCGCGUACGUUUCGAUGCACUUCCCUCGUUCGCCAUCAACGGCGGCAACUACAACUGGUUCAGCAACUAUGGCAAGAACCGCCUCGAUCCACGCAAGGUUGGUUACAUCGCCCAACCCCUCGACGGGAUUUGGGCCAAGGCCCCGUACUUCCACAACGGCUCGGUGCCCACGUUGCACGGGGUGCUGAACUCGGCCGACCGGCCGACCGUCUGGAGACGCGUGGACGAAGGGUACGAUCAGGAGCAGGUGGGACUGGUCUACGAGACGGUCGAGAGCGUCCCUGAGGGGCUGAACUCGACCGAACACCGCUCGUGGUACGACACCACCACCCACAGUCACGGCAACGGGGGCCAUCUGUUCCCCGACGAAGAGCUCGACGCGGAAGAGAAAAUCGCCGUGAUUGAGUAUCUGAAGACCUUGUGA